AUGGCUUCGCAUUCAUUAGAGGUUUAUGGGAAAGGAACAGCAGUAUGGAUACAAAAUGAUAAAGAAGGCUGGAUCAGUGCACAACUGGUUUCAAAAGAAAUAUCCAAUGAUAAUGUAAAACUUGCAUUUUUAACAGACGACGGAAAGGACAUAGUAAUUACAACUACCUUGACUAAAUUGUCUCAAACAAAUAAUGCAGAAUUACCACCUCUGCGUAAUCCUCCUAUGCUUGAAUCUAGUGAUGACUUGACCAAUCUAAGUUAUCUUAAUGAACCUGCAGUCUUGAUUGCCACAAAUCCGUUUUCUUCUGUUUCUUUAUAUACGCAAGAUAUUAUUCAAGCAUAUUCUGGAAAACGACGUGGAGAAUUAGAACCACAUGUAUUUGCUAUUGCCGAAGAUGCUUAUCGAGCAAUGCUUAGGGAAAACCAAAAUCAAACAAUUGUUGUAUCGGGCGAAAGUGGUGCCGGUAAAACUGCCAGUGCCAAAUUUGUUAUGCGAUAUUUUGCAUCAGUUGACGAUAAAGAAAAACCACAUGAUGUAGUAAAGAAAACAAACACAGCUUCUGGCAUGAGUGAAGUCGAAGAGCAAAUGAUGGCUACCAAUCCUAUUAUGGAAUCUUUUGGUAAUGCGAAAACUACCAGAAAUGACAACAGUUCACGUUUCGGUAAAUACUUUGAGAUUCAAUUCGAUAAAAAUCAAAAUAUUAUUGGUGCCAAGAUUAGAACUUAUCUGUUGGAGCGGUCAAGGUUAGUUUAUCAACCGGAAACCGAAAGAAAUUAUCAUAUUUUUUAUCAGCUUUGUGCUGGUGCUCCACCAUCAGAAAAAAAGAAUCUUGAACUUGGUGACCAUAGCCAGUUUCAUUAUUUGAAUCAGGGUGGUUUAGGCACUAUUCAGGGUGUUGAUGAUGCUGCGGAAUUCGAGAUCACGCAGAAAGCUUUAUCCACUAUAGGGAUAACAAUUCAGAUUCAAUGGCAAAUUUUUAAACUUUGUGCUGCUCUUCUACAUAUCGGCAAUAUUCAAAUCACAGCAAGUCGUAAUGUAGCUAUGGUUUCUGAAACGGAUCAUGCACUUGUUACUGCAACAAGAUUGCUUGGUAUAAAAACUGCAGAUUUUAAAAAAUGGUUGGUUAAAAGACAAAUAGUUACCAGAACAGAUAAAAUUGUCACCGAUCUCAAUGCACAACAAGCCAACGUAGUAAGAGAUUCAGUUGCUAAAUACAUCUAUGCUAAUCUCUUCGAUUGGUUGGUUAAUAUAACAAAUGAAAGUUUAUCCAACGAAGAAGUCAUCAAAAAGUUAUCAAGUUUUAUUGGUGUUCUUGAUAUUUAUGGAUUUGAACAUUUUAAGAAAAAUUCUUUUGAACAAUUUUGCAUUAAUUAUGCGAAUGAAAAAUUACAACAACAGUUCAAUCAGCAUGUAUUUAAGUUAGAACAAGAGGAAUAUGUACGGGAAAAAAUUAAUUGGACUUUCAUUGAAUUCAGUGAUAAUCAAUCAUGUAUCGAUUUGAUUGAAGGUAAAAUAGGCAUUCUUUCUCUUUUAGAUGAGGAAAGUCGUUUACCAUCUGGCACCGAUAUUUCUUGGUGCAAUAAAUUAUAUCAACAUUUUGAUACAACUACACAUAAAAAAUAUUUUCAAAAGCCUCGAUUUUCCAACGCAGCUUUUACAAUUAGUCAUUAUGCACACGAUGUAUCUUACGAAGUGGAAAAUUUCUUGGAAAAAAAUAGAGAUACUGUGCCGGAUGAACAUCUCGCUUUAUUAAAGAAUACUGAUUUUGAAUUCUUAGAUGAUGUUUUAACUAAAGGAUCCGCCAUUGCACCUCCUGCAGCUAAGCCUGACACUAAACGUUCUAGUAUGAUUGCGAAGAAGCCUACAUUGGGUUCAAUAUUCAAAGCUUCAUUAAUUAGUCUCAUGGAAACUAUUAACUCUACAGAUGUUUCUUAUAUUCGAUGUAUUAAACCCAAUGAAGUUAAAGUAGCAUGGAAAUUUGAACCUCAAAUGGUUUUAGCUCAAUUGCGUGCAUGUGGUGUAUUGGAGACUAUUCGCAUUAGUUGUGCAGGUUACCCCUCACGAUGGACGUUUGAUGAAUUUGUCCAAAGAUUGUUGCAACCUCCUAAUAGAGAUACCAAAAAAUUAUGUUCUAUUAUUUUGAAUGCCUCCAUUAAAGUUCCUGAUAAGUUUCAAGUUGGCAUAACCAAGAUUUUUUUCCGCUCUGGCAUGUUGGCUUAUCUGGAAAAGCUUCGCCUGGAUAGACUUAACGAAUGUGUAACACUUAUGCAAAAGAACAUGUUGCGACAUAUGCAUCAAAAGAGAUAUCAACUCUUAAAAGCAAGCACUAUUAAGGUUCAAUCGCUGUAUAGAAGACGUGUAGCAAUGAUUGAGCUUAAACGUCGUCGCGAAGAAAAAGCAGCUAUUACCAUUCAGAAAUAUUGGAGGGGAUAUGUUCAACGAAAACGCUAUUUACGUGCCAAAAAGGCUAGUCAGAAGUUACAAAUUGCCGUUCGUGGUGUUAUCGCUCGACAGAAAUUCGAAAAUUUACGUCGCAACGUUUCGGCUACUCGUAUUCAAUCUGUUUAUCGUGGAUGGGUCGCACGUCGCGAGUAUAAGAAAACCUUGAAACAUAUUAUUUUUAUUCAAUCAUGCCUUCGUCGUCGCUUGGCAAGAGCUGAACUUAAGAAGAUGAAAGUUGAAGCACGUUCCGCCAAUCACUAUAAAGAGGUUUCAUAUAAACUUGAAAAUAAGGUUAUUGAACUUACACAGAACUUGGAACAAAAAUCUCAAGAAAAUAAGGCCUUAGAAGUUAGAACGGCAUCUUUAGAAGGUCAAGUCAAGUCAUGGAUGGAAAGGUAUGACAAAUUGGAAACUGAUUCCAGUAGUUUCAAAAGUUCAACGAAACAAAGUACUAUUGGAAUUGAUGAGUUCAAGUCUCUUCAAUCUGAGAAAGAAACACUUGAAUUUCGUUAUCGAACUUCUCUUGAGAACAUUAAGAAGCUAGAUACAGAGAUUCAACGUCUUACAAAUGAAAUAAGCAAAAAAGAUGAUGAAGUAGCACGACUCCGUGCAACUACAGCUAAAUAUAAAGGAGCUGAGGAUCCAGCUACGGUGCUCGCUUUGAAACAAGAGAUUUCUGCUCUUAGAGAACAGUUGGCUAAGGUUAAAAGCGGUAGAGGAACAUCGCCCCCACCACCACACCGUCAAGAAAAUGGUUUCUUGACAGCUGCUAACUCUUCUUCGCUGAAACCUCCAUCACAAAAACGAAGACCUCGGCGACAUAGCUCUGCUGAAUCCUGGGGACCAAAUGAGGUUACAAAACGCAAACCCAAAACAUCAGUUGAUUUAGUUAUGGCUGAAGCAAAGAAACCGGGAUUAAGACCUGUUUCAGUUUCAUAUACUCAAAUGAAUGUUCCAAAGAUUAGAUCCCCAGGCGGUCGUAUUCAUUUGCCGGGAGUUGAAAACGAUCCAGACGAGGAGAUCAUGAAACUUCUUGAAGAUGAAGAAACUCUUGAUGAUGAAAUUAUUAGUGGGCUUAUUAAAUCUUUGAAAAUACCACUUCCAAGUCUACAAAAUCCUCCAUCGCAGAAAGAAAUCCUUUUCCCUGCAAGACUUAUUAGUCUUCUGGCAAAGCAAAUGUGGAAAUUCGGGUUUAUAAAGGAAUCGGAAAGGUUAUUUGCUAAUGUAAUGAAAACUAUUCAAGAACAUGUAAUGGAUUAUGAAGGCGACGAAGCGAUCCUUCCCGGUGCAUAUUGGCUUUCUAAUGUGCAUGAAUUAUUAUCGUUUGCAAAUGCCGCUGAGAGAGAUAUGCUACGUGGAGUAAACCCGGCUUCUAAUUCGGGAGGAAAAAUGUUUGAAUGGCAUGAUUACGAAAGAUUGGUGUCCAUAGUAAAACAUGAUCUAGAGAGUCUUGAAUAUAAUAUUUAUCAUACAUGGAUGAAAGAACUUAAAAAGCGUUUACACAAAAUGGUUAUUCCGGCAGUAAUUGAAAGUCAAUCGUUACCCGGAUUUGUAACUAACGAGACUAAUAGGUUUAUUACAAAAUUCAUUACUGGACCUACAACUCCUGCUUUCAGUAUGGAUGAUCUUCUUAAUUUCUUGAAUAAAGUUUGGAAAGCUAUGAAAUCAUAUUACGUUGAAAUGUCGGUAAUUCAGCAAGUUGUUACGGAAUUGCUUAAACUUGUAGGAGUGACGUCUUUCAACGAUUUGUUAAUGAGAAUAGAAGAGUGGUGCAAGAGCCAUGAGAUGCCUGAAGGCACACUUCAACUGGAACAUUUAAUGCAAGCUACUAAAUUAUUGCAACUCAAAAAGGCAACUCUAGGAGAUAUUGAAAUUAUAUAUGAUGUUUGUUGGAUGUUGACUCCUACACAAAUUCAAAAGCUUAUAAGCCAUUAUUUCGUUGCAGACUACGAGAAUCCAAUAAGUCCGGAAAUUUUGAAAGCUGUGGCUAGUAAAGUUGUGGCAAAUGAUAAAACGGAUAUACUAAUGCUCGAUGCAACUCCUUUAGAGGAUUCUGGUCCAUUUGAAGUUCCCUCUCCACGCGAAGUGGCACCUCCUGAUAAUUACCUUCCUGCAUGGUAA